AUGACUGAAAGCAACGAUUGCUCAUCCUCUGUAAUUGGAAGGAUGUUGGCGCCACCGGGUAGUGGCCUGGUCUCCCGGUCCACGCCAACUCUAUGGGCUACACUGUCAUCAAGCACUUCAGUAAGAGAUAACAACUCCAAUCUACUGCACUCAGAAUUAACAAAUUCGCACAAACAAGGAGUUUUUCAGCCCUCCAUGGAUGGGUCUUUUUACUCUGCUGCCCCGUUUCGGCCGCUCCAUAUCCAGUCCAAUGUUCCUGAACGUGCUGAUAGUGCUGCACCAUUAGCUGGCCUCAUCGUAUAUAGCUAG